AUUUCCGUCCUGCCGAACUUCUCUUGGAUCAAACCGUGUUUAUCGGCCAAAGAUCUCGUUUACAUCGGCCUGAGAGACGUGGAUCCAGCAGAGCACUACAUCCUGAAGCUCCUGGGGGUGAAGGUGUUCUCCAUGUCCGAGGUGGAUCAACUGGGCAUAGCUAAAGUCAUGGAGGAGACGUGUGACUACCUCUCUGCCAAAGUGAAGAAACCGAUCCACCUGAGCUACGACAUCGAUGCUAUAGACCCCUCUGUUACCCCGGCAACAGGGACACCUGUAGUCGGAGGGCUCACCUACAGAGAGGGAGUCUACAUCGCCGAACACCUCGGUCAGACAGGUCUUCUGUCAGCAGUGGACAUGGUGGAGGUGAAUCCUCUGAGGGGUCAAAGUGACGAGGACGUCCGGUCCACAGUCAGCACGGCCGUGGAUCUGCUGCUCGGAUGUUUCGGACGCCUCCGUGAGGGAAACCACUCACCGGAUUACCGCCUGCCCGAGCCUUGACGGCGGACAACGCUGAAGUCUCUGACUGAACUGACGGACGCCUGAACGUCUCUGAUGAAGGGGACAAUCAGAUUUUAACUUCAGAGAUGAUUAAACUCCUGUAAUGUGAUGUCAGAGUGCAGGUGCAAGCUUGUGUUUAAACCAAAGAAACAAAGAUUUCCGUCUGGACGAAGCGCUUGCUCUCAGGAAUUUUAAAAACAUAAAAAGCACAAAUUAUGUAAUUUAUUGAUUAAUCUACUGUAUUAAGUAUCUUUUUGAUUUUGUCUAUAAAUUAUCAGAAAAGAAUAAAACAUUAAAGAAUGA